UAGAACCAGUGUGGUGCACAGACCAGGCGGCUGUCUCCUCAGAAAGUGGGAAGUUUUCGCCGAUCUGUCCAAAAAUUAAUCACCUUCAUGUCGACUCUGUUGGAUACUAACCCGCCGAUGCUAUGGUUACCUUUAUUACGAUCUUACAGGUGAAUCUAGUGAUGUCCAUCCUGCUGUAUGUGAUGGUCCUCGUGUACCUCUAUGGUAUCCAGGCAACCAACAUGGAUAGCAGUCACCAGGGGCAACAACAGCAGCAGCAGCAGCCAAGUCCUGACACGUUAAACUCUCUUAUCAUCCAGCUGCUUCAGGCUGACCUGAUGAGGGGGAAGACCAGGGGUAACCAGAGCCAACAGGGUAAAAGCAGGGACAUGGAGCCCCAAGAUACACUGCCCCCUCUUCUCAAUAACAACUUUCCCUUAGAGGACCAGGGUGACGUCGAGCCGUGGGGAACGGGGGGUCACGGUGGCGGGAGCAGUGACGGGAUGGUGGACCAGCAGGUGAUUAUGUUGAACUCAGACUUACUCAGGCAGCAUAAGCGGUACAACUCACCCCGGGUGCUGCUGAGCGACCGACCACCACUGCAGCCUCCACCGCUGUACCCCGCGGAUGAUUUCGUAAGCAGCGGCCCAGAAGGCGGACCGGUGGGAAACAAGACACGAAAGAAGCGCUAUGCUGAGCACAGAAGCUACCGUGGGGAAUAUUCUGUGUGUGACAGUGAGAGCCAAUGGGUGACUGAUAAAAGCCAAGCAGUGGACACUGGAGGGAACGCGGUUACUGUCCUGGCUAAAAUUGAUACCACUUCCACGCGGGAGAUUAAGCAGUUCUUUUAUGAGACACGCUGUCGGACCCCGAGGCCCUUUAAGGGUGGCUGCAGGGGCAUUGAUGACAAGAACUGGAACUCACAGUGCAAGACGACGCAGACGUUUGUGCGAGCACUGACGCAGGUUCACAAUUUAGUGCGUUGGAGGUGGAUACGCAUUGACACUUCCUGCGUCUGUGCUUUGUCAAGAAAACGUCACAGGACGUAAACAGGACGAGACAAACUCCGCUGGGAACUACCUGCAUGGAAUUUACUUCCAAAAAAAAGAUUUUGGCUCCUCUUCCUCAUGCUCACCACCACAAGGUUAUGUGUCAUGGCGGUUUAGCGUAAGAUUCUGCUAUAAAAAUGAUUCUCCUACAGGAGAAACCUUGGGUCCAUUGAAAUGACAUUUCACUUUAAUGUGCUGCAUAUCCACAAACCAGUGCAGCUUUGCUGUUACGGGAGAACUCGUUUGAGACGGGCAAUGGAGGGGGGGGCGCGAGCGUGAUGGAGGACAUAUAAAUUAUUUAAAUUAUAUGAAAUGCAUGUAUUUUAUACAUGUUAAUCUAUAUAUAUGAUGUAUGAAAAUAUUUGUGUUAUUUAUUGAAAGAAGUCUUCUCAAAAGGCAAAAAAAUCUAUAAAAAAAUAAUAAUAAUGAAACAAACUAUGAACUCAUUUUGAGAUUGUUUUAUGGAGCUGGGCUGCAAAGGUGCUUCACAGUGAGACUUUACAUGUGCCUUGACCAGUGUGGAGGCAGAGCGUAUAGGAAACUGUAACUUACAGACAACAGUUGCAGGGGCCUGUUCUGUCAAUGCACUUGAAAUUCUUCGCAUUACCACUCUGAGAGUCAGAUAUUUAUGGUAAAGUCUUAAAUUACAAGGAUUUCUGUGACUAAGAUGCAGUUCUGAGAUUUGUGACCAAAUGUAAACAUGUACACUGCAUUCACAACUGACCAUACUGUUAUGCUGUAAUACACAUUAUAUUUAUUCAUUCCACUCGUGGACAGUGUGAAAAGAAAAGAAAAAAAAAAAGAGGUUGCUCUUGUUACAUCUGCUGGCAGUGGCAGAGAUUCAAGAAAUUCCAUUUGUUUGUUUUCCUCAGGCCACCUUGAUGCUAUUCACCACAUUUUAAUUGUGAGUUGUUUUUGUGUCUUCCUAUUAAUAAAAACCUAUAUUUCUUAAA